AUGUCCGCUAUGGAUGUCAAUGACGACUACCAAGAUGAUAUGCUAGAUGACGAUGACGACAUUGUGGACGACGAGCCCGAUUAUGACUCGGAUGGGAUGGACGAUGAAGACGAAGAUGAGGAGGAUGAUUUUGAUGCUGCGGAUGGGUUUGCACCCGUUAUUGCCGACAAGGACGUCAAGAAACCCUAUGAAGUAGAGUUUCUCGUCCAUUCCACAGACGAGAUUAUAGAGUUUCAAAACAAGGAAAUAGCACAUGUAGCGGGGAUUCUCGGGUGCCUUCCAGAGCAUGCUGCAACGAUGCUGAGACAAUUUAAAUGGAACAAGGAGCGACUGAUUGAGAGAUACAUGGAGGAUCCAGAGGGGGAAUCUGAAAAAGCGGGUGUCGUCGUUGAUACCAAGAAACAACCGCGUUUCACGGUGGUCGACAAGUUUGAAUGCCCGAUUUGCUGUUCUGAUGAAGACGGCUUGGAAACCCUGGCCCUCUCAUGUGGGCAUCGGUUCUGCCGGGAUUGCUAUGAAGCAUAUUUGAAUGAAAAGAUUGCUCAGCAGGGUGAGAGUCGAAGAAUACAAUGUAUGGAGGCUGGUUGCCGACUGGUGGUGGAUGAAAAGACGGUGGAAAUGGUCGUUUCCCCAAAAGUCUAUGAAAAAUACCGAAAUCUACUCCUCCGCACAUUUGUUGACGACUCUGCCACCUGA